AUGUUGUUGGGUCCUCAUGGCUCCUCCCCAUCCCCGGUCAGCUUGUCCGCCAAGUCCGGCACAGUCGAUGGGGAAAUGAACUUCAUAGUCACGAAGAAUGGCAUUCAACUUCGCGACAACGAAGGGGAAACUGAAAAAUGCGUCGUUCACUUCUCUGCACCUCUCAAAACAUGGUGGACUGACGUGAGGUUUGCUUGUGGCACGAUUCACGUUUUUGGUAGCCAGACACAAGCGGCGGAGUGGGUGAGUACAAGGAAGAUCUUCGAUUUAUUCCAAUUUUUGCUGAUAUACCUCAAGUGCGAACGAUACGGAUUCAGAUAUGGAGAGGCUAUGAACUUGGAAACAAUGUGGAAGCUCUCCAAGGCUUGGUAUGAGAACAAAGCAUCGCAUGAUUACGACAGACUGGAUGCUCAAGAGGUCACCGAUCUCUUCCGGGAAUUGGGGUUGGUAUCCGAAUUUUGGUCUCGAUAA